GAGAGCGCUGCCAACAUGCUGGCUGAUCUCCAGGGCCAGGUGUCAUCCCUGCAGGGCUUGGCCAGCGACCUGCAGGGCCUGGCCAGUGACCUGCAGGGCGAGAAGGGAAAGAUCAGGAUACUGGAGAGUGCCCUUGGCAAACUGGAGGCGGCCAGAGACAGCUGGCAAAUGGACCUCAGCAACCAACUCAGCCCGCCAUUGGGGUCCAAAAUGCAGGAGGUAAAGCGGGACAUGAAGGAUCUGGCAGAGCAGCAGCGAAUAAGCAAGGCUGCACUGGAUCAGUUGGUGACCCAGACAGCCGAGGAGGAGCAGGAGCAGCUGGAAGAGCUGAGGGUGAUGAAGAGCACGGGGCAGGAGGAGGCAGUAUGCCCCACGUGCAGCAGCGACACCAGCAUGCGUUUGGGGAAGCUGCUGCAGUGCUACGAGAAGCUGCGGGGGCUGGUGGACUCCCUCAUGUCGAGCAAGAAGAGGGGCGAGUUGGUGAGGCAGCUGCCAGGGAAGAGCCAGGUAGGGAGAUGGCAGCAUGGGGGACUUGGGAGGGGGCUGCCAGAACCAUGCCCGGCUGCUUGUGCUUCGGGGCUAUGUGGGGGAGUUCCUUGCUCCCCCCCAUAUUGUCUUGUAAAGUCUGCAGCACAGAGGGAGAUUCAAGCCAUGCUGCAGAUGUCCUGCUGGCACUGAGAGCCUAUGGCCACUGGCCCAGUA